AUGAGCGUGCCGAUCCCCGGGAGGUCGUCGUGGCCGGAGCUGGUGGGCGUGCUGGCGACGCUGGCGGCGACGGCGAUCGCCCACGACAGGCCGGACGUGUCCGUCGAGGUGCUCCCGCCGGGGUCGCCGAUCAUCCCGCCGGAGGACCCGAACUACAACCCCACGCGCGUCCGCGUCUUCAUAGACAGCAACGGCAUUGUCAACCAGGACAUGCAUGUGUACAUGUGA